CUAUCCACCGCUUUGUUGUACCGGAGGGGUCGGACGGGGGGAAGGGCCCCAGCCGUUCUUCUAGACCAGACCAACUUGUGUACGAGCCGACACGGCUCUCUCUCCAUGGACUACUGUUGCGGGACUCAAAGGGGAAAAGGGAUAAUUCCUGCUGGGACGGCGACACCAUUCCAGGAGGCCGCUAUGAUUUAAUCAGGAUAACGAAGGGGAAGGCGGGAGGUGAAGACGGGCCGUCGGCGAUGCGCUGUCGCCGAGAUUUCGGCGCUAGAGACGGAAAGAGAGAGAGACGCGUUUAGCUCCUGCUGGUGUGCGGCUCCUCGCAUGUUCUUCCACUUGAUUUUUCUUUUCACACGGUAUCUCGGUCAGAGACUGGAGUGAGGAAAGUGUUCAGAAAGGAAAAGGAUAACAAACGGGGGAAGUGACCAUGGCUGGAACGCCAGGCUUUUUCUCCAACGGUGCUGUGCCGUGGACAGAGAAUGACGCGGAGACCAACAGCCUUUACAGGGACCUUGAACUGGGGACAGUGUUGACACUUUUCUACUCCAAAAAGUCCCAGCGUCCGGAGAGAAGAACUUUUCUAGUCAAGUUGGAAACCCGGACGAUUGUCUGGACCAGGGGCACUGAUAAAAUAGAAGGAGAGAUUGACAUCAGGGAGAUUAAGGAGGUCCGCCCUGGGCAGAAGUCUCGGGACUUUGAGCGUUAUGUGGAGGACUCUGCUGGACGGCUUGACCAGGCCCACUGCUUUGUCAUCCUGCAUGGCUCCGAGUUCCGCCUCAAAGCCCUCAGCCUUGCAGCUACCUCUGAUGAGGAGAUGACUAUGUGGGUGAAGGGCUUGAACUGGCUUGUUGCAGACACACUCAAAUCCCCUACUCCGCUCCAGAUCGAGAGGUGGUUACGGAAACAGUUCUACGCUGUCGAUCGCAACAGAGAAGACAAGAUAUCCUGUAAGGAUCUGAAGAGCAUGCUGGUUCAAGUCAACUACAGGGUCCCCAACAUGAGGUUCCUCCGAGAGAAGCUUCCGGACUCGCAGGAGUUGCGGAACGGCGACGUGUCCUUCAGCCAGUUCGCUCAUCUCUAUCGCAAUCUCAUGUUUGACGCACAGAAAAACAUGGACAUUCCAUUUAUACAGAGGGUCAUUGACCGACCGGAACAGAGGAUCAGUCUGGAGGAUUUCAAGGGUUUCCUUCUGGAAACUCAAAAGGAGCUUUGGGCCGCAGACAGCAACGUUGUGCAGGAAUUUAUGUUCGGCUACCUCAAAGACCCGCUGAGAGAGGUGGAGCAGCCUUACUUCCAUCAAGACGAGUUCCUGACCUACCUGUUCUCCAAAGAGAACACCAUAUGGGAUGCCUCCCUAGACACGGUCUGUCCUGAUGACAUGAACAACCCCCUGUCCCACUACUGGAUCUCCUCCUCACACAACACCUACCUGACGGGAGACCAGUUUUCGAGCGAGUCUUCCCUGGAGGCGUACUCGCGCUGCCUUCGACUGGGCUGCCGCUGCAUUGAGCUGGAUUGCUGGGACGGCCCAGAGGGAAUGCCUGUCAUCUACCAUGGUCACACCCUCACCACCAAGAUCAAAUUCUGUGACGUGCUGGCCACUAUCAAAGAACAUGCAUUCGUCACUUCUGACUAUCCCAUAAUCCUGUCCAUCGAGGACCACUGUAGCAUCGUGCAGCAGCGGAACAUGGCCACCAACUUCAAGAAGGUGUUCGGGGAGAUGCUGCUGACCAAGACGGUGGACAUCUCCGCCGACGGCCUGCCCUCGCCCAACCAGCUGAAGAGGAAGAUCCUCAUCAAGCAUAAGAAGCUGGCGGAGGGCAGUGCCUCCGAGGAGGUGCCUACGUCAACACCGUACUCGGAGAACGACAUCAGCAACUCCAUCAAAAAUGGCAUCCUGUUCCUGGAGGACCCCGUCAACCAUGAGUGGUACUCCCAUUUCUUUGUCCUGACGAACACCAAGAUCUACUAUUCGGAGGAGACGACGAGUAACCAGGGCAACGAAGACGAGGAGGAGCACCGAGAGGUGACCAACGGGAUGGACCAGCACGUGACGGAGAAGUGGUUCCAUGGGAAGCUGGGCGCGGGGCGGGACGGCCGGCAGAUCGCCGAGAGGCUGCUGUCCGAGUACUGCCUGGAGACGGGCGCGCCCGACGGCUCCUUCCUGGUUCGGGAGAGCGAGACCUUCGUGGGGGACUACACGCUGUCCUUCUGGCGCUCCGGGCGUGUCCAGCACUGCCGGAUCCACUCCCGGCAGGAGGCGGGCAGUCCCAAGUUCUAUCUGACGGACAACCUGGUGUUCGACACGCUGUUUGCGCUCAUCACGCACUACCAGCAGGUGGCGCUGCGCUGCAACGAGUUUGAGAUGAAGCUGACCGAGCCUGUUCCCCAGACCAAUGCCCACGAGAGCAAGGAGUGGUACCAUGCCAACUUGUCCAGGAGCCACGCAGAGAACAUGCUGAUGAGGGUUCCACGUGAUGGGGCCUUCCUGGUCCGCAAGCGGACGGAGCCCAACUCCUUCGCCAUCUCCUUUAGGGCGGAGGGGAAGAUCAAGCACUGCCGCGUGCAACAGGAGGGUCAGAUCGUGGUGCUGGGCACUUCGGAGUUCGACAACCUGGUGGACCUCAUCAGCUACUACGAGAAGCACCCGCUGUACCGCAAGAUGAAGCUACGCUACCCCAUCAAUGAGGACACACUGGAGAAGAUAGGCACCGCUGAGCCAGACUACGGGUCCCUUUACGAGGGGAGAAACCCAGGCUUCUACGUGGAAGCCAAUCAGAUGCCCACAUUUAAGUGCACUGUGAGGGCCAUGUAUGAGUACAAGGCCCAGAGAGAUGACGAACUGUCCUUCAUAAAGAACGCCACCAUCUCCAAUGUGGACAAACAGGAGGGAGGCUGGUGGAAGGGCGACUGUGGGGGGAAGAAGCAGCUGUGGUUCCCCGCCAACUACGUGGAGGAGAUCAGCCCGUCGGCAGCCGAGCCUGACCGGGGGGAGAUGACGGAGAACAGCCCUCUGGGAGAUCUGCUGAGAGGAAGUGUGGACGUGUCUUCCUGUCAGAUCGUGGUGCGGCCGGAGGGUAAGGGCUCCCGGCCCCACGUGUUCUCCCUGGUGCCGGCCUCGUCCCCUCGGGCCGGCCUGGUGGUGGACAUCGCUGCCAGCAGUUCGGAGGAGCUCAAGGAGUGGGUGGCCAAGAUCCGGGAGGUCACCAUGACCUCAGAGGCCAAGCUGGAGGAGGGCAAGAUGAUGGAGAGGAGGAAGAAGAUCGCACAGGAACUCUCUGACCUGGUCGUCUACUGUAGACCCGUGCCUUUCGACGAAGACAAGAUCGGUACGGAGAGAGCCUGCUUCCGGGACAUGUCGUCGUUCCCCGAGACCAAGGCGGAGAAGUACGUGAACAAGAUCAAGGGCAAGAAGUUCCUGCAGUACAACCGUCUGCAGCUGUCCAGGAUCUACCCCCGCGGCCAGCGGCUGGACUCCUCCAACUACGACCCCCUUCCCAUGUGGCUCUGCGGCUCUCAGCUGGUCGCCCUCAACUUCCAGACCGCAGACAAGCCCAUGCAGAUGAACCAGGCUCUGUUCAUGCUCAACGGCCGGAGCGGGUACGUGCUGCAGCCCCCCAUCAUGAGGGACGAGACCUUUGACCCCUUCGACCGCCACACGCUGCGGGGCCUGGAGGCCGUCACUCUUGAGAUCGAGGUGCUGGGAGCCCGCCAUCUCCCGAAGCACGGGCGUGGCAUCGUGUGCCCCCUGAUCGAGAUCGAGGUCUGCGGCGCGGAGUACGACAGCGCCAAGCUGAAGACGGAGUCGGCAGCGGACAAUGGACUGAACCCCACGUGGCCGCGCAAAGCCUUCCAGUUCACCAUCUGCAACUCCGCCUUCGCCUUCCUGCGCUUUGUGGUCAACGAGAUGGACAUGUUCAACGACCUCAACUUCCUGGCUCAGGCCACCUUCCACAUUAAAAGCCUCAAGACGGGUUAUCGAUCGGUGCCGCUGAAGAACAGCUACAAUGAGGAUCUGGAGCUGGCUUCUCUACUGGUCCACAUUGACAUCGUCCGGAACAGGGAUGAAAACGGAGACGCCCACUCGCCCUUCCCGGCGCCGGGUGCCUCCCCGGUGCCGGCGGCGGCGGAGGUGGAGCCCCUGGUGGAUGCGGGCUCCUCGCCGGCGGCGGCCUCCUCCAGCGCCCCCUCCCCGGUGCCCCAGUCCCCCCUCCCCCUGGCCGCCGACUACAUCGGCAGGGAGGGCUCCUUCGACGGCCGCUACCAGUCCCCUAUCGGCGACUUCCGGGUCUCCCAGGAGGCCCUGCUCGACCACAUGGACUCUCAGAACAGAAGGAUGCGGAGGACUCGGGUGGGCGGAGAGAACCGCGUGUAGGGGCCUGGCCAAUCGAGACACGUUUCCAUGACAGCCCUCCCCCCGCCCUCCGCCCCAAACCCCCGCCCUCCCAUCCACCACCGACUACUUAUCGUCCCCACCCUGAUCUUCCCGGGCCACUCUCCACCGUACCGAUGAUGUCACCGACUGCUGUGAACACUGUUUCCAUGGAAACGCCUCCUCCUCCUCCUCUACCACCACCAUCAUCGCCGCUCGCUCUGGCCUACAUUUGUGGCAGCUCUCCCUACCUCGCUUUUCCUCCCCCUCCCACCUUGCCCUCCCAUCCCCUCCCCACACACUAUUUCCCCCACCCUCGCCCUCCCAGUCUCGGACAUCACCCCACGCCCUCCCCCCACCCCCUCUCCCUCCUCCUCCUCAGCGGGCUGCCUUCACCUGCCUGCAGAGCGCGGGGCUCGGUGACGAAGAGGAAGCAGGGGGGUGACGAGGGGGGAGGGGGCGGGGGGCGGGGAGGAGGACAGGAUGAAGCAACGGAUGUCAACAACAUGAGAACAAAAAUGACUAAAUAGACUACGGCUGACGCACCAUUCCAGCCCCAUUGUAGCUGUCGUUUCUUCUUCUUUUUUUUUGUGUUUCUUUUCCUCAGACGUGACUCUGGCGGGGCCGCUUUAAUUAGCGGCGACGCAGAGGGCGAAGAGAGCUGUACAAAUCUGUUGGCGCCGGUUACCCCCGGUUACGGCUGGCGUAUACAAGUAUAUAUAUUUAUUCCUGAUGUCAGCGGGCUAGGAGGCUGACCUGCUCUCCAAGAGCUCCCGUCUUUGUUUUCAAAUUAUAAUUAUAAUUAUGAUUAUAAUUGUCAUUAUUUAAACUUUUAAGCAUUCAUAAUGUGACUUUUUCUCUCUUUUUUUUUUGCUGUAUAUGCGCUAAACACGAGGGCUCUCUAUGGCUAUUUUUAAUAGUGUUAUUCCAACAUAUUAUGGAAGCACCUAUGUUGCCAAUUUCACACGUGUACACACACACUUUCUCACUCGCACACAAACACACACACAGACAUCCUGCAUCCUGUCCUUGUGGAAUCACCGGGAGGUUGCCUGGUUGUGUUGCGUCGCGGCUGCAUCAUCCUGAUUCUUUUACUAACCGUACCAAUGUCCUUUGACCAGAGUCGUUUUGCAGCACUUUUAAACCAUUAUUUUUUUAUUCAUAUCAACCGUUCAAUAUCUAAAGGUAAACAUCCCAAAACAUUGGAUAUUUUUUUUAUGUUCGAUGUUGACUAUUAAAGCUAAAAUCGCAUCUUACAAAUGUUCUGUUUCUUUGGCAGCCUUGCAUUCCCAUUGUUUAGUUUUAUUUUAUUUUUUCGGGAAUGUCUGACUUAAUUGUGAAGUAUUAUGAAUUGGUAUAUUCACCCUUUUUUUCCCCCUCAUUGUACUAAACAUUCCCUAUAACAGUUAAAGCCAUAGAACCGAUGAUGCAAAACACAACUUCUCAUUGGAUUUAGAUUUAGUUGCCGAUGGAAAUGUUUUGGAUUUUGUUUUUUAAAGAUCGUCUCCAAAGUGAUUCUGUGGUCUGUUGUGUACAGUUGGAGCUUCUCGUCACAUUGGUGUUCAUGUUUGGUCAUGUUUUAAUCUCGAACAGAAUGCUAAUUGAUAAAUGGCUUAAUAGGUUUUGCCAGUACAAAGCAGAAAGCCUCAUGUCGUCCUGUAUAGUUUUAUGUAUUUACUGCACUGCAUUUGUAGGAUAUUUAAUUUCAGAGUUGGUUUUAAAAUGUGUUAAUGUGACAGUAAAAAUGCAUUCCCCAAACACUGUUAAAAAAAAAAGUUUUAUGAUUUUUAUGAAAUGUUUCCGUUGAAGUCGAGUGUUUUGCUUCCAGACACUCGAGGCUAACAAUCAGUCUAGCGUUGAUCCUUCUGAACUUAACCUUUUUUAGAUCAUUGCAUCCAUAUUUUAAAAUGCGAGUUUGGAGGAAGAAGCUUUAUAACUUGCAGCAGUGUUGUACCAAGUCUUGAGAAACAAGACUAUGCUGGGGCAAGACUAUACUUGUUGCAUAGUCUUGUCACCUUUAAGUAAACUUUGAGAAACGCUUGUGUGAAUUAACAGCUUUUGUCAUCUCUUCAUCCCCGAUCUCCCUCCUUGGCUGUAUAUGUGCAUCAAAUUGUUAAUUGAUAAUAUGCUAACUCAGUAUUUAUAUUCAGAACUCCAAAGCCAUAAUGGUAAGAACUAGUUAAGGGGCAUAAUUGCCUACUAAUGCCCGAGGUUUCAAGAAUUAGUUUGAACACAAAGCAUUCGCACCCUGAUACAAUCCCCCUGCCCCCUUGAUCUGGUGACUGAUGUGUGUUGCUGCGAUGUUUCCCUCCAAUGCUGCAACGCUCCUGCGGCCGAGCGGCCGGCUGAUGUCAAUGUGCCUGUCUGCGUGUGUCCAUGCUCACCUGUUUUGCCACAUUAAUCACGUAGUGGAACCCAGUGACAUGUUUUGUUGGUCAGAAUUUUUUGUAACCGACUUGUCUCAUUUGCAAACGCCUUUUUGGUUUUAACGUGCCUAAGCUAUGGAGAAGAAAAGUAUUCAUUUUAAAUUUGCCUUUUUCAUAUGAAACGUAUUCAAGCCUGAACAUUAAAUAAAGUACUUAUUCAACUAA